UGUGUGUCACACAUCAUACGGAUUUAAUCGAAGCAGUUAUCUUCAUAGACAGGAUGGCUUCAGAACAUGUUGCCACUUCGCCGAAUCCGGAGGAUCAUCUGGACAAACUUUCCAUUCCGCGGAGGGUGGGGUGUCAGAAUUCACUCCGAGAGUGACAGAGCGGAACCAUGCCGUCUCGCCACAGCAGCCGCAAGAACUCGCUUAUGUGGCUUUUAGCCUGUGUGUGCUGCUUCGCUCUGGGGCUCAUCUCAUCGUACGCGAGCACUUUUUCGCUCGCAUCCUUCCAGGAGAAGGCUAUACAGGUUAAGACCAACUUACUUCGGGCCAGUCCGUCGACGUGGCAGAAUUUACACGAGGGGGUACAACAAAGCAACGGCUCUUCGGUCGAGAACGACUACGCUCGGGGCAUUAUCCUGUGUCUACACAAUGGUAUCGUGGCUAUGGGUGUGUCGCUUAUCCGGGAGCUACGCUGUCUGGGCAAUACGGAGCUUAUCCAGGUGUAUCACUGCUUCCCUAACGAGAUGUCGGACGAGAGUAGAGCGCUAUUGACCCGUAAUGACUCGAAGGUGGAGAUUGUCGACGUAUGCACGGAGAUACUGUCCAAAGAUGGCCCCGAGAACCUCUUUUUAGGCGACAAAAAGCUGGCCAAAGCCUUCCAGAACUACUGGAUCAAGCCAUUGGCGCUGUAUCAUACCAAGAUUCGAGAGGUUAUUCUAGUGGAUGGAGAUGCAGUGUUGAUGCGGGAUCCUUCAGUACUCCGCCUCAUGUCUGGGUAUCAACGCACAGGCACGACAUUCUUCCGUGAUCGCAUUGCCAAGAUGAACAGGUUUCUCAACAAGAAGAGGGAAGACGGUAAACCGUAUAUUAAGCACCUGGUCGACUCGUUCCCGUAUAAAAAACUCGGACUCAAGGGGCCAAAACCAUCCGAAGAACUGAAAAAUACUUUUUCGUGGCGUGGAGAUACUGGCCACGAGAUGGACUCGUCCAUGGUUUUAGUGGAUAAAACAAGGGCGGGCAAGGCCAUGGAAGUCUUGAAGGAACUCAUCUUUAAUACGCGCUUCCACUUACAGUUCUCCUGGGGAGAUAAAGAGGCCUUCUGGCUCGCCUACGAGCUGGCACAUCAAGACUAUUUUUUCUCUCCUUGGGGAUUGAGUCUGCUGGAAUCAGUACCGAAUAAUGAUCUCGCACAUCCGAACACAAUGUGUGGUAGUAUGGCGCAUUUCUUACCUACGGAAAACGAGACGGAUACAGCAGAACUGUUGUAUGUCAAUGGCAAGGCGCUGCUCGAGCCGUUCCCGUCUGGAGUGGAGAAGACUGUCAAGGGCAAGCGGUCAAGAAUGUUUAACUUAAAUCCGACCCACUUGACGCCGCGAUAUCGACACGACGACUUCGAUCUGGCAACUUCUAAAUCGUUCGAGUGCAUGGACAAUCUGGGAUCUGUGCCACUUCCUCAUUAUUUCUUCGGUCGUCUGCUGCGUCGCCGAUUCCACUACUUCGCAGCAGAGACAAACGCGUACGAGGCAUUGGGGGAUUGUCCCGAACGGACAGGUUAGGCUUAGAACCAGCCAAUGUCUCGUCCCAUUCGUUAGCGAUGGAUGGUAUGUGACUGGCUGCGAGUAUGUAGAAUGUGACUCAAUCAAUGUACAGGCGUUUUCAACUCUUAGA